AUCAUGUCAGCUGCCCUACGAGCACAAAAGCUCUCCAGGAGCUUCACAUCUCGUGCGGUGGACGGGUUCACCGGCGCCGUUGGGAACACACCCCUCAUCCACUUGAAGAAGCUAUCCGAGAAGACUGGCUGUAACAUCAUUGGGAAGGCGGAGUUCCAGAACCCUGGCGGAAGUGUAAAAGAUCGCGCUGCGCUGGGCGUUGUUAGAGAUGCAGAAGAGCGAGGGCUACUCAAACCCGGAGGGACCGUCGUAGAGGGGACGGCGGGCAACACCGGUAUUGGACUGGCACAUGUGUGCAGAGCCCGGGGCUACAAAUGCGUGAUUUUCAUGCCCAACUCACAGAGCCAAGAAAAGAUUGACCUAUUACGCAUGCUUGGUGCAGAGGUUUAUCCUGUCCCCGCCGUCGCGUACGAGAACCCGAAGAACUACAACCAUCAAGCGCGCGAUUUCGCGAAGAGUCUGCCGAAUUCAAUCUGGACAGACCAAUUUGACAACACCGCGAAUGCGAAUGCGCACUAUCUCUCCACUGGCCCGGAAAUCUGGGAACAAACAGGCGGGCAGGUUGACGGCUUCAUCUGCGCGACGGGUACUGGGGGCACACUGGCGGGUACGGGCAGGUACCUGAAGGAGAAGAGCGACGGCAAGACGCAAGUGUGGCUGGCUGACCCCCCUGGCAGUGUACUCUACAGCUACAUUAGCAGUGGUGGUAAGUUGACCGAGAGAAGCGGAGGGUCGAUCACGGAGGGUAUCGGCCAGGGCCGUAUCACGAACAACUUGGGUACCUUCGUCAAGGACGUAGACGGCGCAUUCAGCAUCCCAGAUACAGAGUCCAUUGAGAUGGUCUAUGAUUUGCUCGAUGGCGAGGGUCUGUACCUUGGCGCAAGCUCUGCUCUAAAUGUGGUUGCGGCAGUGAAACUUGCCCAGCAGCUCGGUCCAGGCAAGACGAUCGCAACCAUCCUGUGCGACGGGGCGUACAGAUAUCAGAGCCGUCUGUUCUCAAAGGAAUGGCUCAAGGCAAAAGGGCUGGAAGAUGCGAUUCCUCUUCACUUGAAAAAGUACGCUGUACUGGACUAGGCAGGCGUUCGCUGGAUAUUCUCCGGGUCUUGGUUACCUCGCCGAACGGCGGCCAUCUAAAGCAUUCGCAUCUUUGGGCCGCA